AGAGAGAUGAGCUAAUUGAAAAAUUAAUUGAAAAAACCGAAAUAAAUUGGAAAAAAUGGGAAGAAAUGAUGAAAAAAUUGGAAAUAAAUCUGUGAUGAUCACAGAUCAUCAUAGUGAUGAUGAUGAUUAUCCAUUUAUAAUUUCGAUGGUUCUUCUUUCGAAUUAAUACCUUGUGACUACAUUUGACGCUUAAAAAUCUACGUCAAGUCAGCAUGAAAUUGCGCCUUUGGGUUCUGACGGGUCUGACACAGGACACACUGAGCUGUCACUCGACUCAUUCUCAUUAACCUUAAAUACAUGAAAAGAUAAUAGCAUCAUCUGCGUCAACCUAAGUGCCAACCAUGGUGUUCGCAUGAGUUCACCAGGCAUUGAGCUUGGUAAUCGAAUAGUUGUAUUAUGGUAAACGGGACGUAAUACCCCUGAACUGAAUUAGGAAAAUGCCACACUCCACGGAGGUAUUGUCACCCCAAGAUCUUUUUGCGGAGGUUAGAAAGUUUAUUUCAGGUGCAGUCAGAUCAACCCACGGUUCCAACACUUUAGAUUUAGCGAGAACAGCACUUUCAUUAUUGCAAAAUCUACCAGCAGCUAGGAAUGCUGUUCUUGAAUAUUUCUGUACCGUCUUUUCAGUUUGCGUGAGCAAACACGUCCGUCAGAUAGAGACAAACCAGAAUUUUCCCAUUCAUGAAGAGACGACCAUAGUUGAGAUACACAAUGUCUUGUGUAAUUUUGUUAACGCCAAUCCUGAAGCCUGGGCCCCAAUUAUUUCUACAUGGUCUCUUGAGUUGCUUGGUAAAUUGUCAUCUGAUUAUGCCAACCGAGGUAAUCUGCCAAUAAAUGCUGGAAUAAAUGAAUUCCUUCAGCAAUGGAUGUCAUGCCGCGCAACAAGGACGUUGAUCGACAUUACAACGCAAUGCUUGCAAUGUUUGAUGCACUUGGAAACCGAGUCAUGUAUAAAAGCUUUGUUGGACACCAGCGUGUCUCACAGUCCCCACUUCGAUUGGGUGGUUGCCCAUGUCGGAAGUUGCUUUCCAAAUACAGUUAUUACAAGAGUUUUGAUUUGUGGACUGAAAGAUUUUUGUGCCAUGGGAUAUGACCAGAAUAUAAAAAAUCCAAAACUUAAUUCGGUUGUUGGUAUACUUGGACACUUGGCUGGCAGUCAUUUCAACGAUAUAAGGACAGCUUUACUUGAUUUGUUCCGGUGGAGCUUGGACGAGAAUAUUAAUACAGAUGAAGAUACAAGGUCCCAAAAGUUGGCGACAGUUCCAUUUCUCCUGAAUCUAGCCUCCUUGUCUCAAACGCUGUUGAAGGCAUUAACAACUGAUGUUCUGCAAACAUUGCGACCUGACAUAAUCCCACAACUGGCUCUGUUUGCUUCUGAGUGGUGCAAGUAUUUCGGCAACAAACCAGAAGCAGUAAUAGAUUUAACAGUUCAUUUGGCUUUGGGCUGUGAACAGGGUGCAUCUCAGAUCAUAAACAUUUUACUUGAUACGAGUUUAAAUCAAAGCAACGUUGGUUAUCACAGCGUGAAUGUUGCCCAAAGUGUAAAAAAUGUUUGUCGUGAACUGCUAGAACUGAUACUACAGGAAAUUGAUGUGCUACUUAGAACACACGGGCCACAAUCAUCAAACGUAGCUUUAUUGCAUUCGGUGAAACAGGAACUAUCUUGCAUUACCCCAUUACUUUUGAAUCCGAGUCCACUAAAAGUUCAAACUGCAGUUCGAAUUCUGUCACUUCUUGGUGCACAGAAUCCGAAUGUAUUAGUAACUACAGCAUCUUUCAUGCUGAGACAUGUGGAAACAGAUUUUCAUCUAGCCGCGCUGAUAAGACUCGUUGCCGAUAAUGUUAAUUCUUUUGCAAUAAAUACGACUGACAAUGAAAACACCGUUGUGGGAAAUGGAUAUUUUUCACAAGCUGUAGAGCAGGCGAUCAGAGAAUCGCAGUACGUGUUUGUAACCGACAACAGCGAGGCGAAAAAACUCUUCAGGAAUUUAACAAUCUUAUUAAAAUGGGAAAAAACGAAUCGAGCCUUUAUUUUGAGAUCCGGCAUAGUGACACGUGCUGUAAGGUCAAAUUUACAACAAAUGUCCAGUCUGUUAAUGAAAACCGAAGAUCCUGCCCUUGCUCACAAUAUAGCUGGUGUACUAGAUCUGUUGAGUGUUCCUGACAGAGAUCAUUACGUUCCAAGUGUGCAACUCACCCUUCAGCUGACUAGGUCUAUUAUCAGAUAUUUCUUCAUAUGCAUCGAGGAAAAUGAUAUAAUUAAGAAAAUGCGGGGCGUCAAAAUGACCUGUCGAUCUCUCCACGUUUUGACUUGCUACAGUCAAUGUGCCAGAGUUUUAGCUCUCAGAGAACUUUUAGAGCAAAGUAUCUAUAACGAGCCUGCAAAAUACUUUGGAGCAAAAGAGAAAUUUGAUCCUCAGACGGAGGAAGUACUUCUACUUCAACAGAAUCACAAACAGGGCACCAGUGUGAUGCUAGCCCAAAGACAUUCUUCCGUAUUUCAUGCCGGCGUAAUCGGCCAGGGCCCCAGAAAACCGCCGCCCGAAAAUCGCAUAGAUAUUGAAACAAUCACCCUAAAUACCACCCUGCUUAUGGACGCGAUAAAGGCUUGCUGCAGCAAUUUGGAAUUGGCUCAACACCCGGUAAACUUGGAUUCAAUGUCAAUGGUCAGUUUGUUAUUAGUAGAACUGGUUUCGCCUGACGUCAUGUACAAUGGUUUACCGUGGCCCGAUGAAGAAUUUACCAAAGUGACGGUCGAACGAGACUUACAAAUUCGUCGGACUUUCAAAGAUGUCCCAUUGCUGUGGUCUCUGCUUGAAUUAACUGCUCGUUAUCGACCAGCUUUGGCUUAUUGCUCUGUUCUUUUGAGAGCAAUCGCUGCUACGGUUUUAGCAAAUUGGAGCCCAGCGGAAGGGAUAGCACUUGCGAAUGUCAUGGCUCUUGGGCUGUUACUGCCCCCUCCGUUGGCCAGUAUCAGAGAUGUCCUACCUAACGUUAAACAACACCAAAUCAAUUCAGUCCUACGUGAAUGCAUAUGGGCGUAUAUGCACGAAAAUGUACCAUCCCCAGCUCUUUUCACACGUAGCGAAGGAAGCAACGUUGCGUGGCGUGAUCCAGACUCUUCAACACCAAAUCCUCGAUGUAUCGAAACACUUCGUCUCAUCGUAUUAGCCAAUAUACAUAAAAUGGGUGCUCUUUAUUCAGCUCUAUUUCUGAAUGAUCGGAAAUAAAAUUCAUUUUAUAUCGCAAACGUUUAAAUUCGAACAAUAGAGACUACUUGCGAAUCAAACUAUUGUUAAUAGGUUUAUAACGAUGGCUUUUUUCCAUUUAACACAUGUAAAAUUUUGUCGUAAAUUACACUUGAUUUAUUCCGU